CUGCUGCCGCUGUUUACGAUAUUGCUGCUGCUGCUGUUGUUGCUGCUGCUGUUUCUCUGUGCAGUACCAGAGUUAAAGCAGCUUCUUCAUCUUCACUGCUGUCCACCAGGAAGUAGGUGUCAUCCGUACGGAGAUUCACCGAACCAGGCGCUGCUGCUACCUGUCAAAGAAAAAAAAAAAGCAUGUCGAAAGGAAACUACUUCUCAGCGAAACCUCCCAGCUUAUCUCUGCUUUCUUAUCUUUGAGAAACAAACAAAACCACACGGAAAUAACAAUCGUCAUUAUUGCUGCUGUUACCUAGUUCCCACCUUCCAACCCUUGGUUAAUUAAUUUUCUUUAAUUAGGCGCCUUGCUAUUAUCCUAAACAUGAUAGGGUUACAGAACGAUACAACCCUGUCGCGAUCUGGCCUUUUACAAGUUUAGGGUGUUUAAAUUGGAAAUGACGGAUAUUAUUAUAUUGUCGGAUGUUGUACAAUAUUUUCCGGAGACCUUCACAACUGAGCGGAAUCUUAUAACUUCACAUUUCUAUUGCACUCGAAGAUAAAUAUUUCCAGUUAUGGGACUAUGGCCCGGGAUAGAUGGGUCAAACGUCUGCAACACGCGAAUGUACCGGCCUAAACAGAAAAGAUUGUUGUUUUGAUCUUGUUUUAAGAGGAGAAAAUUACAAAAUAUACAAAAAAACCUCAACAUAUUUUGGUUAAUUCCUAACAAUGUGAGGAUUUCGGGAUAAAUAAAUAUAAAGGGAGAGAAAGAGAGAGAAAGGGCCAAAGUGGGAUGAGGAAGAGAUGAAUUAAGAAUAGGUUCAACGGAAGGAAACAGUCAAAGAAAGGUUGGAACAAUGACAUUGGUAAACUCUUAAAAUGGCACUACUACACCAUCAUCUCCCUCAAAGAUUUCACAACUUCAGGACAGGUUCCACGACAAUCUCAUUCUUCCGCAAUUUCGUCGAUCUCUUUCAUUUAUUCAUUUACGAUUAAAUUCUUCAUUUUUUUUUAUAAUGGAAUGAUGAAUGACAAUUCAUUCAUGCAAUUAAAACUCCAGACACCGUUGUAACUUUAUAUAUAUAUAUGAUAUAAUAUAAUAUAAUAUCCCCUUAUAUAUUAGCUGAUAUUUCAUUCUGAUAUUACUCAGAGUAUCAGGCUUGGCAAAAUAGCAGAUUGAAGUAACUAAAUAAAUAAACCACAUGUAUUGAAUACAUUCUUCUCUUUCGUGUAUACACUCCAACAUAAUUAUAUAUAUUAUAUAUUGACUGUGUAUAUGUUUAUGUAUAUAUAUAUUUAUCAUGUAAUGUAGGUGAAUAUGUUACGUACAUGAUAUUCAAAGAGUCUUUAUUCAAUAAAACAUGACACAGGGCCUGCCAUAAUAUAUUCCAGUCGUCGCAUUCUUGUUGACAAACUGGGAAUUAUGUAUGUUUUGUUGUUUCCCGAUCUGUUUAAUUUCGGGCACUUCUUAACCUCUCUGAUCGAUAACUACACAAGUGAUAUAUUUAAGGGAUCGAUAAAUUAGAUAAUCUAUACAGAGUUUACGAAAACCGAACCUUUCGUAAAAAUUAAUUCAAAGGUUUCAGGCGGAAAGGAAUUUAAUUAGAACUGGGAUCUUACCGUUUCUGUCCCUUUUCCACAGCCACUCAUUUUAUUUAUUUAUCUAACCCCAAAAGACAAAUUCAAGCUUUGGAAUAACAAAUAAUUUGCCAUCAUGACGGAGUGCUUGGCUUAUAACCCGCAAAAUAACUUUGCGUCAGUUAUUGAAAAUAUCAACAGAGAACUUAGAGAAAAAGGUCACUUAGCCGCAUCAGAUGAUUCUAGAAUGUUGGAUGACACGAGUCCAACAACUCGGGCAUUCGUAGAACACAAGCAGCUGAUGACGGAACUGAGAUCUCAGAACUAUGAUGUCAUCAGGUUUGCUACUUACCGAACUGCCUGUAAAUUACGCUUCAUACAGAAACGGACCAACUUAUUACUGGUGGACAUUUGGAAUAUUAUUGAAGCAUUUCGAGAAAAUGGUCUGAAUACACUGGAACCAGAUUCUGAACUCAAUGUCUCGCGGCUAGAGACAAUUCUUUCUAGUAUCUUCCAUCAGCUAAAUAAACGCCUCCCAAGUUCACAACAAAUCUCUGUCGAUCAAUCUGUGAAUCUGUUGCUGAAUUGGUUAAUAAGUGCCUAUGAUCGUGAACACAAAGGCCGAAUUCUGGUAUUCUCUCUCAAAGUUUCGUUGUCUCAUCUCUGUACAGGAAAAUUAAUGGACAAACUUCGAUACAUUUUUACUCAAAUCUCUGAUUCAAGUGGUUAUCAAAUACAAGAAAAAUUUGAAGAAUAUUUAAGGGCUGUUUUAGCUCUUCCAAGCGCUGUAUGUGAAGGUCCAUCAUUCGGGUAUAAUGACACAGCAUCACGGACAUGCUUCGAUGGAAAGAUUCUUGAAGAGUUAGGUUUUGGUCAAAUGGUAAAACGAGAAAAAGUUAACGUGAAUGACUUCCUAAAUGUUCUGAUGUCUGACCCAGGUCCCCAAUGUCUCAUGUGGUUACCAAUUCUUCAUCGAAUGAGUCAAGCAGAAAAUGCUGUACACCCAGUUCAGUGUGAGGGUUGCAACCGAGAAUCAUUUAUGGGGUUUCGCUAUAAAUGUCAGCGAUGCUAUAACUACCAAUUGUGUCAAGAUUGUUUCUGGAGAGGUCGGACAUCAGGAAAUCAUACAGACUCUCAUGAAAUGAAGGAAUAUUUAUCCUACGGAAGCACAAAAUCUCCAGCAAAACAGAUUGGUCAUUCAUUGAAAAAGUCAUUCCGCUGUGUACCAAGCAAACCAAAUCAUAAAAUUCCUACUUUUUCUGACGUUCCAGAAAACCGAAUUGAUUUAACAAAUAUUGUGCCACCAACCCCCGUAAUGGUGCACAACGAUCUCCAAGAGGCUUGUAGUCAUUCUAUCGACUUGUCUUCAGUUGACAGUGGUCCAACUUCAAGAAGUCCGAGUAAACUGAAUGCUAGUAUAGGAGACACAACCCGCAUCGAUGAUGAACACCGCUUGAUCGUGCGCUAUGCAGCACGACUUGCAGCAGACGCUUCAAAUGCAGCACGAAGCCCUGCUGAGAUGAACUUUAGCCUUGAUUCAAGUAAAGCUCAACGGGAACUCAUUGCACAAUUAGAGGCCAAAAAUCGGGAGAUUAUGCGUGAGAUUCAGCGCUUACGCAUGGAACAAGAAGCAAAUGCCAAAAACAUGGAAGUUCAGUAUGACCCCACAUUACUGGCGGAGUUGAGGUUACUGCGGCAACGGAAGGAUGAACUUGAGGCUCGGAUGCAAUCAUUGCAGGAAAGUCGGAAGGAACUGAUGGUUCAGCUGGAAGGGUUAAUGAAAUUAUUAAAGAAUCACAGUUCCCCGCGUUCCACUCCGAACAGCAGUCCACGGUCCCGCGGAGGGGGUCACUCCCCAAUAGCGGCCGUGCCGAGUAAAGGCAGCUCCCCCAGCACGCCGAUGGAUGCUCUCACUGGUCUGGGAAUCGGUGGAGAUAUCAGGCAGGCUUUCAGCCAGGUCUCCACUGCAGGCUCUCCCAAUGUACGGAAUUUGCGAAAUGAUCUUCUAGUAGCAGCGGACUCUGUUACAAAUGCAAUGUCGUCUCUUGUCAAAGAACUGAAUUCAGAAGGCAGUGGCAGUGAAGAUGAAAGUAGUGCUCUGGGAACUUUGGCUGCCUCAGGUAAUUUGGAUAUCGAGGCUUAUUACCCCACCCACACAUCAGACGAUGUUGAUGGUUGGAGAGAUGAAGUGAAACGGCGGUUAGACCAAGAGUCAGAAUUCUUGGCACAGUUAAGGGCAAGGCGCCAGAAAGGUAGCAACAGCAGCAGUCGAAACCAAAGUGAUUCAGAAACAGAUCCAUACAUUCCUGAUGACUGUGAAUCUUAUGGCCGUACAGAAGAUGACGCAAGUGUCCUUGUCACAGAUGAUGGUGAGUCCUAUAUCGGGACCAACGAUGGCAGCCGUGCCCUUACAGACGACGAUGAUUCAGAACUCUAUGAUAAUCAUCCAAAAGAAUUGGUGAAUCGUUAUAUGACGGAUGACGAGAGCUACUUGCAGUCAGAUGCAGAAUCUUACAUCCGAACUGAUGAUGAAGAGGGUGGCAACACCGAAUGGGAGGAAUCAAUGCGACGCUGGGUGAACAGAUGAUAGGUCGUCAACUGCCACACCUGUUGCUGAUUAAAGAAGCCAACAACAGCUUCUGACAGCUUUAAUUCUGGAAAUUUCUCUCUUUUCCACCUGGUAUUUCUGUCAGUCUGUCAGUCUGCCUUUUUGCACCACCACCCCACAAAAAUAAAUAAAUAAAACCAAAUAAAACCAUGCUGAUUCCAGCAAGGCCACACUUUAGAGCAGCACUGCAGCCGAGAUGGACGACUCCCAAAAUGACCAGUCGCCAGUCAGUGGUAGCAGCACCAGUCUUGUUUUAUUAAUGGACAUUUCUGUUCCCUUUGAAAAUACCUCACAACAUACAACUACCGUCAUUUCUACUUGUCUCUACACUUUUUGUCAAAUUAUUUUAAGCCACCGUUAUCUUUAUCACAGUUUCAGUUGAAGGAGGGAAAUAAAUCUGUCAGAAGGCAAAUUGUAAAAUGUAUCUAUGACUGUUGCAGAAUGGAAUGUGAGAUGGAAGCAUAAAUAGCAGUGACUGAGAAGAAAAUUCUAAGACAUUUUUUAAUGUUAAUGUAUAGAGGAGACAUGUCUGAUGAUAACAACACCACCAUAAUAUUGUGUCAUGCAGUUGGCAUUGAUGGCUGACCGUAAAAGAGAAUGUUGGGAAAGACAUUGAGGUCUUCGGUAAAGAAUACAUUAAUAUUUCUGAGACUAAGUCCAUUGAUUAAAAAUGCUGAAAUGUUAAAAAAAAAGAAAAUCUUAAUUUUAACG